UGGCGUUGUCAAAUUGAAGAGCGGAAACAGUGUUCUAAUCGAGUCAGGUCUGGCGAACUCCGCAUAGGGUCGCCCUACGAGAUCGUUAUGUCUUCAUCCGGAAAGCAGCUACAGACUAGAAAAUCCCGAUGUGUGCUGAACCCCGCCGUGAGUAAAACAGAAGAGCGUUGCGGCGAAGUCCUCGCAGUUCCCCCGGGUUUGUAUCCGAACACAGCGUUCAAUACCGUCCAGGUAUCGAGGGAGAACGACACCAAGCUGAUUGUGAAGCGAUCGUGGGAUAUAGCACUCGCUCCGACGAAACAAAUACCCAUGAAUCUCUUCAUCAUGUACAUGGCGGGUGGUUCGAUUUCCUUAUUCCCUCUGAUGAUGAUUGGCGUCCUAUUUCUGCGCGUGGUGAAAGCACUAUUUUCAAUCAACGCAACUUUCGCUCUCAUAUCGGGAUCGCACUCCAUUCCGCAGAAAAUCGUUUUCUUAUUGGGGAACUUGGCUACGUUAGGUCUAGUGGUGUAUAAAUGUUCAUCGAUGGGCUUGCUCCCGACAUAUGCGUCUGACUGGCUCGACUUCGUUGAACCAGCGCAGAGAGUGGAGUAUUCGGGUGGAGGAUUGAACCUCUCUUAGGAUUAGGGCAACGAGAUAACUCAUGUUCCGGAACGGGAACCUCGGGACAGUGAGUCGAAUGGUGACAUCGGGGCGACCUAAGGUAGAAAUAAACUGGUAUGUUUUUCACGAGCAG